AUGUUGCGGAUCACGCUGCUCUCAGGGGAAGCGUUGGCGAGCAUUGCUGCUGAGGAGGUUGGCGAUGUGAAGGCCUUGAAACGGCGAUUGCAUCAGCACCACGGCCUGCCACCACGCUUCCGACAAAAGCUUCUUCACGAAGGCAGCGUUCUGGAGGAUGCCGCCAUGCUGGACUCCAUGAUGGAAGUGCAGGUUGCGGCUGAAACGUCUUCCGAGGCUUCCGGUAAGAAGCAGAGACAGCUCCCUGCCCCGGCUGCUGAGUACACUGCCACAGGCGAAGUGUCCUUGAAGCGGCGAUUGGACACGGAAGAUGGCCUGCCACCACCAUGCAGACAAAGGAAGAGCUUGAAUGACUCCUACACGCCGGCCUCCGUGGAUCUGCAGCUCUUGAUCUUGUCGUUUCCCGAGGCGACCUCCGAGGAGCAAAGGAAAGUUCUCUAUGAAGCAGUCGUCGGCGGUAGCCCCGCCGAGGUUGAGGCUGUGCUGCAGCUCCCGGUGGAUCCGGAUACGAUCAUCGAGGCGGGUGCUCGGACGGAUUUGUGGGGCCUUGGGGGCCGCACAGCACUGAUGGAUGCUGCGCAGGGUGGUCACGAUCCAGUGGUUCAGUUACUCCUUGAGGUUUCUUUGCGCGACAGCUGCGACAGCACCGCACUGAUGGAAGCCUCGAGCCAUGGUCAUGCUGAAGUCGUCGGGUUGCUCCUGGAGGCAGGUGCUCACAGGGAUUCACAGGACAGUGACGGCAGUACGGCACUGAUGCAUGCCGCAUACGGUGGUCAUUUUCAAGUCGUGCAGUUGCUGCUGGAGGCCGGUGCUCAGAAGGAUUUGCAUGACAAUCAGGGCAUUACUGCACUCAUGGAUGCAGCACGUUGUGGCAAGACUGACAUCAUGAAGUUACUCCUGCAAGCUGGUGCUCAGCGGGACCUGAAGGACGAUGCAGGCCGGGGCUCGGAAGGAUUUGCGCGACCAUGA